UUCGGCCACCGGAAGGAGCAUUCGCUUGGGUGGCGGGACUUCAGCCUUCAGCUUGCGUGUUGCUAACUCGUCUGCAAUGAAUGGUUUGGAAAUUGCGGUGGUUGUGGUGGCUGCAACCUACGUCUGCCUGUCAUUCACUCUCUUCUUCUUCCCAACGCUACUUCACAGAAAAAAGCGCUCGCUGCCGCUAUGGCGUGCUAUCGCCCAUAGAGGAGGUGCCGGUGAAGAACUAGAGAAUACAAUGUCUGCAUUUAGACGCGCUGUAGAUGCAGAUUGUGAUAUGUUGGAGUUAGAUGUUCAGCUGACUAGGGAUGGAGAGGUUGUAGUUUGUCAUGACAACAAUCUCGAACGUUUAACAGGGAUUGAUGGCUCAAUCUCAUCAACAAAUUACGAAGACUUACCGUGCUUGAAGAAACACUUGAAUCUUACAUUUUACAAAGGACAUAGUAUGACAGUUGAACACAAUAACAAUACGAUACCACGACUGAGAGAAUUGUUCGAAGCAUUUCCUAAUUGUCCGAUGAACAUUGAUCUCAAAAAUGGCUCCGAUGAGUUAGUCGAGAAAGUGCAUGGAUUGGUGUCUGAAUUUCAACGAGAGUCUAUUACAGUGUGGGGCUCUGAGUAUAACAGAGUGUGCAAGAAGUUAUACGCAAGGAAUCAUAACGUUUCCCUGUUCUUUUCAUUUGGUCGGGUGAUGAUGGUUUAUCUGCUCUUAUUUGUUGGACUACUUCCUUUUUGGCCUUUACGGGAAUCACACUUUGAAUUUCUUUGGCCUUCUCUGAUAGCAGAACGAAUAUCUGAUAUACCUGAAAAUAUUCCGUGUUGUGUUAAGUGUUUAGUGCGAUGUUGUGACACGUUUCUUCUUCAUCGGCUUGUUUGUUUUCAUCUUAGAAGAAGAGGAAUUAAGGUAUUCAUAUUUGUGCUAAAUGAAGAAGAGGACUUUGAUGCUGCAAUGAGACUGGGAGUUGACGGUAUUAUGACUGAUUAUCCAAGUCGAUUGAAGGAAUAUUAUCAUGCGAGAAAGACUAGUGAUUCAUCACAGCGACUGCUAACUACAUUACAUUUUGAAAGACGUGAAAAUGGAAGAAUGGGUUGGAUUCUCGGUGCUCUUGUCGCCUAUGCUACUUCCUCUAUAGCCUUGUUCUUUUUUCCUCAACUGAUUCACAAGAAGAAACGUUUGCUACCGUCGUGGCGUAAUAUAAGCCAUAGAGGAGGAUCUGGUGAAGACUUGGAGAAUACAAUGGCUGCAUUUAAGCAUGCUGUUGAAGUUGGCAGUGACAUGCUAGAAUUAGAUGUCCAUCUGACCAAGGAUGGAGAGGUUGUUGUAUGCCAUGAUAACAACCUUGAACGCUUAACUGGUGUUAACACUUCAAUUUUAUCUACAAAUUAUGAUGACUUACCUCAGUUGAACAGACAUCAGGAGCUUACGUUCUAUAAGGGAGUUUCCGUUACUGUCAACCAUGGUGAGAAUAGUAUACCUCGUCUGAGGGAGCUAUUUGAAACUUUUCCAGAUCUUCCAAUGAAUGUCGAUCUUAAAUAUGGAUCAGAUGAACUGAUUGAAAAAGUACAUAGCCUGGUGUGUGAGUUUAAACGAGAAUCUAUUACUGUAUGGGGUUCUGGUGUCAACAGUGUAUGUAAGAAGAUGUCUGAUAGGGAUCCAAGUAUUCCACUGUUCUUCUCUUUGACACGAGUAUCAAUCGUGUAUCUGUGUUUGUGUCUUGGACUGCUUCCUUUCCUGCCUCUCAAAGAAUCUUGCUUUGAAUUUUGUAUUAUGUCGUUAGCCAUUAAAAGAGCAGGAGUACCACUUUCCCAACUUCCACUAUUUGUUCGGAUUCUUCUUUACUGUGAUGUACUCUUUAUCCAUCAACUUGUUAUUUUUCACCUCAAACGAAGAGGAAUCAAGGUCUACAUGUGGGUUCUUAACGAAGAGGAAGACUUUGACGUUGCAAUGAGAUUGGGAGUUGAUGGCAUUAUGACAGACUAUCCCAGCAGAUUGAAGCAGUAUUAUGACAAAAACGAGAGACGGUGAUCAAAUUGCUUUUUUUAGACUGAGUAAUGUCGCGCGGUGGACCUAAUUGUGUGUGGUUAGCUUUGUUAUUUUGUUCUAAACUAUUUGCACCCUAUUAAUGGAUUUCAGUUUUUGUUCUAACUAGAGAGGCAAAAGAAUGACAAGUGCGUAAAAUAGUAAUACAAUACAAUUUACGUAUCAUGUUUAUUGAACCUGUUUGACUGU